AUGCAAGCGGCGGAGGUGGAAGUACGGCAACUAACAAUUGUUACUGUCAAACGGAAGGCGAGUAGAGGUCCAGAUGUUGAGGUGCCUAUCAAAUCCACCUGCCAGGAUAUCGCUUUGAUGGGACUUAAUAGAGCGCAUCCUUUAAAAUGUGAAAUGCGACAUCAUUUGCUGUUUGUAUCUGGGACAGCCUGUCUAAAGACAAUGGAUGUGGAGAGGACCCACUGGAUGGAGGCGCUGGAUAAUGCAAACUGA